AACCUCCAGCACGUCACUCUUGGAACCAUAGUUUUUUUGGCGCUUGUUGCACCCGGACAGAUUAGGGAAACGAAUCAUGGACUGUGAUGUGGUAAAUAACAUGAAUGCCGCCACCAGAAGGACCAAAGAAGACAAGAAAGUGCUGAAAAAACAGCAGAAGGCCAGUCACACCUUACUGAAGCAUGAAGGCAUCAGUACAACAUCGCAGCCUACCAAGAGUUUGGUGGUCGCUAACGGAGGCCUGGGGAAUGGUGUCGGUCGUGAGGAUCUCUUUGCCGCCGUAAACCAGUUCGGAGACGUGGAAAGUCUGCUCAUGCCUCCUCAGAAGCCCUACGCCUUUGUCACAUACAGAUUUGAAGAUGGCGCUCGGAAAGCUCACGCCCAGCUUAACGGGAAGAAGCUACAGACUGGGGAGAACAGUGUCACUUUCUAUCUUAGUUAUGUUGACUCAGUAAAGCAUAGAGAGGAAACGUUGGUCGGUUUUCCUGAAGGAUUAACCCUGGUGGAGGAUUUUGUUUCUCUAGAGGAAGAGGCUCUGCUCCUCGCUGCUGUGGACUGGUCGAUGUCUAAUGAAGCACAGAAAGCUUUGAAGCACAGGAGAGUGAAGCAUUAUGGAUUUGAGUUUCGCUACGACAACAACAAUGUGGACAAGGACAAACCAUUACCUGCAGGUCUUCCUGACGAGUGUCUGCCUGUUUUGCAGCGAUGUUUGCAGGACGGACUCAUUAAUGUCCUGCCCGACCAGCUGACUGUUAACCAGUAUGAGUCCGGACAGGGUAUCCCCCCUCAUGUUGACACUCACUCCGCCUUUGAUGACACCAUCCUAUCACUCAGUCUUGGGGCACAGGCGGUGAUGGAGUUUCGCCACCCAGACGGCCGAGCUGUUCCCGUGGUGUUGCCUGAACGGAGCCUGAUGGUGAUGAAGGGGGAGAGCAGAUACCUCUGGACCCAUGGGAUUACCCCUCGGAAGUUUGACCUGGUGCCAGCUUGCGAGCCUGACGUCGGUUCCAACAGUGGUCUCACUUUGAGAAAGAGGGGCACCCGCACCUCCUUCACUUUCCGCAAAAUCAGAUACGAACCCUGCUGCUGUGCCUUCCCCUCUGCCUGCGACAGUCAGGAAGGAACCUCCCUCUAUCCGCCAUCUCCGCCCUCACUUCCCUGUUGCCAUGCUGACGCUACUCUUUUGGAGGAGGAGUACGUGCACCGGGUGUAUGAUGCCAUCGCCUCUCACUUCAGCCGGACUCGUCACACUCCGUGGCCCCAUGUUUGCCACUUCCUGUCCUCGCUCCCACCUGGAAGCGUGCUGGUCGACGUGGGCUGUGGAAACGGGAAGUACCUGGGAGUCAAUCCACAACUGAUCACGGUGGGAUGUGAUCGCAGCAGCGCUUUGGUCCAAAUCUGCGCAGAGAGGGGAUUCCAAGUGUUUGUAUCUGACGCUCUUAGCGUCCCCCUUCGAACGGCCUUGUGCGAUGCCUGCAUCUCUAUUGCUGUCAUACACCAUUUUUCCACAUUGGAGCGUCGGCUGGCAGCAGUGAGAGAGCUGGUGAGACUUCUAAAGCCUGGAGGUCAGGCGCUCAUCUAUGUUUGGGCUUAUGAACAAGAGUACAACAAGCAGAAGUCUAAGUACCUUAAAGACCACGACAAACAACAUAAUGGAGAGAAAAGUAAAGACACAACAGAGGAGAGCCAGGAGUCACAUGAAGAGCCGAGUGUCUUCACCACCAGCCUUGUAGCAAGAGACGUAAAGGACGCUAGCGAAAUGACUGAAGGCAGGCUUAGUGUUCACACUAACCGCACCGCCUUUAAUUCCCAGGACCUUUUGGUUCCUUGGCAUCUUAAAGGGAGGAAAACACAUGGGGAAGAAGAAUCAUCCGGCAGGUUCAGUUCCAGAGGGGAACCCAAUCCAGAUUUCGACUCUAGUAUGUCUUCUGACACCACACACAGCCCGGACUCUAAGCCCAGUCCUAGUGAUAACAUGUGUCAGAUUCCUGGUGGGAGUUCAGUGCCUGUCUUUCAUCGCUAUUACCACGUCUUCCAGCAGGGGGAGCUGGAGCAGCUCUGCACUCAGGUGACUGGUAUCAAAGUGCAGACCAGCUAUCAUGACCAGGGAAACUGGUGUGUUGUAUUACAGAAGGAGUAACAAGUGGUUUAAAGUAAUGUUUAUGCUCAUACACAAUUUUUAAAGGUGAAAUAAAUGUGAGGAUCUUA